AUGGCACAGGAAGGCUACCCCCACAUUUCGCUGGCUGUGGCCCCCGGGCACGAAGCCAGACAAUUGGGGCCGAUGGUUAGGCGCCUUUUGGAAGAAACAGAAUGGGUUAAAACAAACAUUCCAGAUUUGUGGUGGGCCCCAACGGAAAAAGCUUAUAAGAUACAGCAGGUGAUGAAGGAUGAAGGGAGAUUGGAAAUGGUUUUGUUAUCCCGCCUCCAUGGCAGGGAACUCUUGGACCACGAACAAGCCUCAGCCAUGCUCGACACAAUGCCUGACACACUUUGGUCACAGGGACCAUUUGAUGUGGGUUUUUGCCACUCUGUGACUCCAAUUAAAUUGUCCAUAGAUGAGACUCAGAUUAUACGGAGACCGCAAUACAGGUGGCCGCAGGAAGCUGAUCAAGGAAUGGAAGACACACUGAGGGGUUUGUGGGACGCCGGUGUCUUGGAGUUGUCUAGCUCCACUUGGAAUACACCUUUGCGCCCGGUUAGGAAGGCUGACAAAGUGACUUGGAGAAUGGCACAUGAUCUUAGGCCAGUGAAUGAUGUCACGGUGACACCUGUAUUGCCGGUACCAGACCCGCAUCGUAUCCUAGCUAGUUUGGACCCCUCAUAUCAAUUUUUCACAGUGAUAGAUUUAGCCAACGCAUAUUUCUGUCUUCCACUCUCGCCUGAAGACCGUCAUGUCUUUGCAUUUUCAUAUAAAGGAGUGAAGUUACAAUAUACACGGCUUCCACAGGGAUUUAAAAACUCACCAGGUAUUUUUAAUCAGGUGCUGAGGGAACUACUGGCACCAUGUGCUAUGCCGGAAGGCACUGUAUUGUUGCAAUAUGUGGAUGAUUUGCUGAUUGGAGCUAAGACUGAUCUCGCUUGUUUGGCGGCAACUGGAACGGUUCUGCGUUGGUUAGGUCAGCUUGGUUUCAAGGUCUCUAAGAAGAAGUUGCAGUGUUGUAGGCAGAAGGUAACUUUUUUGGGUAGAAUAGUUUCUCCAUCAGGCCUAGCCAUGUCACCUGCACACAGAAACUCCAUCCUCCGCCACCCUCGCCCCAACACGGUCAAGGAAAUGUUGUCUUUCCUAGGACUGUGUGGCUAUAGCCGCAACUAUAUUCCCAACUUUGUUGACAAAACGGGAAUUUUGCGAGGCCUAGUGAAAGAACAAGGAAAUCGAAACUUGAAAUCUCAGCUUGUCUGGACCGCGGAGGCAAACAAUGCUUUUGUCUCCUUGGUUCAGGAACUGGCCUCUGCAGCAGCAUUGGCUACCCCUAACUAUUCGGUUCCCUUCCAUUUAGAUGUGUCAAUUUCUGGGACCAUUGUGAAUGGUAUUCUCUAUCAGAAAGUCAAGAAUGGUCGUGCAGUCUUGAUGUACUGCAGUGUACCUCUGGAUAACAUUGAACAAAGACAGCCUGAUUGUACUCGGUACGCAGCCGGAUUGGCCAAAAUUCUUCAAAAAACAGCCCAUGUGGUCAUGGCCCACCCACUGAAUGUACUCACUGACCAUGCAGUGUCAGCAUUUGUGGGGUCGGCCGCGUUCACUUUAACACCACUAAGACAGAUCAGGCUUUUGAAAAUUUUGACCGCCCCUAAUGUCAACUAUGUCCACACGGGAGUGAACAUGGCUGACCAGAUUCUGAUCGGCCCACAUGAAUGUGCCCUUAAAAUCAAGCCACUGGUCAAGAUCAGACCUGAUCUAUAUGCGGAGCCCUUGGAUCAUGGUCGGAUUCUGUUCACAGACGGGUGUUGUUGGAGAGACAAGCAGGGCAACUUACACGCUGCAGCUGCAGUGGUGGAAUGGCAAGACGGCCACUUCACCACUAUUAAAUCCCAGCAGAUGUCAACUCACCCAUCAGCUCAGGCAGCUGAGGUAUUGGCACUUAUUCUGGCAUUGGAAUCUGCCCAGUGCGAGGCAGCCACCAUCUACUCUGACUCAGCGUAUGCAACAUCUGCCGCUCACAUAGAUUUGCUUGGCUGGAUGAAAAAUGGUUUCAUUACUGCUAAAGGAACUGACAUUGCUCACAAAGAUCUGAUGAUUCGCCUAGGUGAGGCCAUUAAGGCCCCAGCAGAAGUCGCUAUUGUAAAGAUACCAGGCCACUCUAAAUCGGAUACACUUGUGGCCCAAGGCAAUAACGCUGUAGACGCAGCUGCUAAGGCAGCUGCUGGAUACCAUGUUGAACGGGGUAUGAUGAUGUCUCGCGGCCCAAUUGUAGUUGAUGGCAACCACCCGGAUGCAGCUCUUCUUGAACCAGUAGAUUUGCCAGCAUUAAUUGACCUUCAGAAUUCAGCCUCUCCUGAGCAGAAAUCAGUUUGGCUCGCGGCAGGUGCGUUUAAAUUACCUGACAAGCUUUGGGUCGGCCCUAAUGGCCGACCAGUUCUCCCUGAUGGUAAGUUGUUACAGGACACCUUGCUCGAGGCCCACACACCGUCGCAUGUUGCCCCGCACUCCAUGCUAGCCAAACUUAUCAUGUGGUGGCAUCCCAAAUUCUAUGAUGUCGUAUGGAAUUUUGUUACAAAUUGCGAAACGUGUCAGACAUUCAAUGCGAAACCAACGUUGAAGCCCAAACCUGGCCUAUUCCAACCUGCUCCAUGGCCAGGGGCGGAGAUUAUUAUGGAUUUUACGGACAUGAUCACCAGAAUUAAUGGCAAACGUUACCUCUUGGUCAUUGUUGACGCCUUCUCGGGAUGGCCGGAAGCCUACCCCUGUGCACGUGAGGACUCAGGUGCCGUAAUCAAGUCAUUGGUAAAUCAUUACAUACCGACUCAUGGAUUCCCCGCUCUAAUUAGAUCUGACAAUGGGACUCAUUUCAGUAACAAAGCCUUGGCCAAGGUUGAGUCUCUCUUGGGUUUAAAACAUCGUUUCGGUUGCGUAUAUCGACCUCAGAGCCAGGGAAAGGUAGAACGUAUGAAUCGUACCCUCAAAGAGAAGUUGGCCAAAAUCAUGGCCACAACAAAAAUGAACUGGCUACAGGCCCUGCCACUGGCGUUACUUUCGGUCCGGCAAACGGUGAGUAGACAAACUGGAUUUGCGCCUUUCGAGCUCCUGACAGGUAGGUUGAUGCCGGGACCGGCAUCUUCACUCGUACCGCCACAAGACUUACCUGUGCCUGAUUUGUCGCAUGCAUCCUAUUGGUCGUAUUUGAAUGCACUUGUCUCCAGUGUUUCUGCACAGGUCGUUGAGAAAGCCAGAUCAGCGGCUCCUGAAGAUCUACCAUCUCAAGUCUCCCUCUCGCCUUACGUAUAUGUGAAAGUCCUGUCAAGAAAAUGGUCUGAGCCUCGGUGGAAAGGCCCGUUUAAGGUCAUCGCUCGGACCUCUCACGCUGUCCAAUUGGACGAUCAUCAGAAGAAGUGGUAUCAUUACUCACAACUCCGUCCGGCUCCACAGUCUUCGUGA